CCCACCCUCCUUCCUCCCUCUCCCUCUCUCUCUUUUCGACCUUCUCUUCUUAGUCGAGUUGACUCGACUAAGCAUCCUUUCGUUUUCUCGAGAUCACCCUCUUUGAUAGAGAAAGCAAUUCGCAAUCCCCUCUGGGAGGAAAUCUGCACUCGCUAGUCUAAAGACACCCACACCUCGACGGUCUUUUUUGUUUUUGAACGUUUUUUUCUACAACAAUGGUCAUGCUCUCGUCCCUCCUCGGCGCUGCCGUUCUCUACGCCGGCUUUGCCUCGGCCCGUCCCAUGCCGGAUAACAACAUCGGUGAAGUCGCGGUAUCCGCCCCCAAUGGCACUCCUGAGUCGGAAGUCCCGACUGCGACCGCUAUGGUGGCCUCGGCUACAGCGUCUGCCGAUAUGUCGAUGGUGACCGGUAGCAGCAACUACGGAAGCAGCGGCAGCAGCUACAGUGGCAGCAGCAACUACGGUAGCAGUGGCAGCAGCUAUGGCAGCGGCAGCAGCUAUGGUGGUUCCAGCGAUAGCAGCAACUACGGAAGUGGAAGUAGCAACUACGGGAACAGUGGUUACAGCAGUGCGGAUGUCAUGUCAAGCACUGUCACGGCCGCUGCCUCUUCGUACACUUCCGCGUCUUACGGGUCUGGCAGCUCCAACUGGGGCGGCUCUGGUUAUGACAGCUGUGUGCAGCAAUGCGUUGCCUCGUUCGGCGCUCCCUCGUCUGUCGCGAUGGCCACCGCCACCUCUGGCUCCGAGGGAAGCUCUGGUACCGGCGCAACUCACACUGUUUGGGUCGCUCCGACUCAAGGUGUCCUUCGUUACGUGCCUUUCGCUACCAACGCGUCCGUUGGCGACACCAUCAAGUUCGUUUGGGGUGGUAACGAACACACUGUGACCAAGUCGUCCAUCCUCGGUAUUUGCAACAAGACCGCCGAUGCUCCUUUCGUCUCUGGCGAGCACAACUUGUCCUUCGUCUUCACCCAGGUUGUCAACGACACGAACCCCACUUUCUACUACUGCGGUACGCCUGGCCAUUGCCAGAAGGGUAUGUUCGGUAUCAUCAACCCUCCGAAUGCAUUCUCCGGUCCUUCGUCCGUCGGUUCGAUGAUGCCCUUGAUCGCUUCGAACAACUCUGCCACCUCAGCGUCGCUCGCAUACACUAACAUGGUCACCGCUAACAACUCUGGUGCUGCAAACUGGGGUUCAUCUAUGGAUAUGAGCCAGAUGCCCGAUUGGUCUCACUCCCUCAUGGCCGAGAACGUCCUCUACACUCGUGCAUUCUUGGCGUCCAACCCUGAGAUCUUGAAGAGUGACGGCACCAUCGACAUGUCCGCUGUUGGCUCAAACCCACUCAUGCUCCCUAAGGACGUCGCAGCCGCAAGCAACAACGCCGCUUCGUCUCCCUCCGCUGCCGGUUCAUCGUCGGCAGCAAGCAGCGCGUCCGCCUCCUCGGCAGCUUCGACAUCGUCGGCGACUCCUGCCAGCAAUGCUACCAAGAGCGGUGCAGGCAUGGUCACCGCGUCGCGUGUGGCCGUCGCUCUCAUCUCCGUUUUCGCCGCCGCCCUCGUCCUGUAAACAGAUGGACUUGUUUACGUCGCGCUCGUGAUAUACCAUAAUGACGGACGCUUUUUUCGUGGACUUUGCCGUAGCUUUUGGGCAUUUGAUCGUGUGUAGAUACAUGUUCCCAGCGUUCAGAUACAGCGCCCGCUCGACACGUUUUUGGACUCUUCGGACUCUUCUGUGUUUUGAUUUACUUCUUGCAUUGUUGUGAUCUCUUGGUUUUCUUCUACACUUACUCUAGGCUUGCCUGCGAGGAAAGAGCUGUCCCACAGUGCUUUUUUGGGUAGUCGCUGAAUGCAAUGCAAUCAGGUCGGACACCGCAUCUCCUC